AUGAGAAAAAUGCAAAUGCCAAACAAGGCAACAUUGGAGCUUGUUGGAUUUGAGCGCAUCUUAACAGUUGAAUAUUCUCCACCGAACACCAGUUUACUGACAAAAUGGUACACCGAUACUUACAAAGAGAUCGCAAGAGUUAAGCGAAGCGACAUGGGCGCAGAUGGGUUUGAGGAUAUUUUAUCUGAGUUUCCCCCAAUAUUUGAAGGAAUUAUUGUUGGUACCCCGCAAGACCCAAACCGCUUAUACGAUCCAAUUAUCAAGGCAUACGAUGACGCGAUAUCUUUGAUUGGUUGUCAAAGUGAUUAA